GAGUUGACAGAGUUGGGCUAGAGCGGCUCCGGGCGGGGUCGGCAGUCGGCGGAGAGGUUGACCACGGAGCGGACAGAGGGAUUGGAUAGAAAAAAAAAGCGAUCUGAAGGACUGGGCUUCAGUUCCCCUGCGUUUUCUGCCGGUAGAUUAGACUCCGCCCCUUUCGCCAGCCAUGGUGGCGUUAUCCCUGAAGAUCAGCAUCGGGAAUGUGGUGAAGACGAUGCAGUUCGAGCCGUCCACCAUGAUCUACGACGCGUGCCGCAUCAUCCGCGAGCGCGUCCCCGAGGCGCAGGUCGGACAGCCGAAUGAUUUUGGCCUCUUCUUGUCGGAUGAGGAUCCCAAGAAAGGAAUCUGGCUGGAGGCCGGCAAAGCGCUGGACUACUACAUGCUGCGGAACGGGGACACGCUGGAGUACAGGAAGAAGCAGCGGCCCCUGAAGAUCCGCAUGUUGGACGGCACAGUUAAAACUGUCAUGGUGGACGACUCAAAGACCAUGAGCGACCUUCUGAUGACGAUCUGCGCGCGUAUUGGAAUAACCAAUUACGAUGAGUAUUCAUUGGUUCGCGAGACACUGGAAGAGAAGAAGGAGGAGCUGACAGGAACCUUAAAGCGCGACAAGACGCUCCUGCGCGACGACAAAAAGAUGGAGAAACUCAAACAAAAGCUUCACACAGACGAUGAGUUGAACUGGCUGGAUCCGGGACGGACGUUGCGAGAACAAGGAGUGGAUGAGAACGAGACGCUCCUCCUGAGACGGAAAUUCUUCUACUCCGACCAGAACGUGGACUCCAGAGACCCCGUCCAGCUCAAUCUGCUCUACGUCCAGGCGCGGGAUGACAUCUUGAACGGCUCUCACCCCGUGUCGUUUGAUAAAGCCUGCGAGUUCGCCGGGUACCAGAGCCAGGUGCAGUUUGGGCCCCACAACGAAUCCAAGCACAAGCCGGGCUUCCUGGAGUUAAAGGAUUUUCUGCCAAAAGAAUACGUCAAGCAGAAGGGGGAGCGCAAGAUAUUCCAGUCUCACAAGCAGUGCGGGAAUAUGAGUGAAAUCGAAGCCAAAGCUCGUUACGUGAAACUCGCCCGCUCCCUGAAGACGUACGGAGUGUCCUUCUUCCUGGUGAAGGAGAAAAUGAAGGGUAAAAACAAACUGGUCCCGCGUCUUCUGGGCAUCACCAAGGAGUGUGUGAUGAGAGUGGACGAGAAGACCAAGGAAGUGAUCCAGGAGUGGAACUUAACCAACAUCAAGAGAUGGGCAGCCUCCCCGAAAAGCUUCACCUUGGACUUCGGAGAUUAUCAGGACGGAUAUUACUCGGUGCAGACGACAGAGGGAGAGCAGAUCGCGCAGCUCAUAGCCGGCUACAUCGACAUCAUUCUGAAAAAGAAGAAGAGUAAGGAUCACUUUGGUCUGGAAGGAGAUGAAGAGUCGACCAUGUUGGAGGAUUCGGUGUCUCCAAAAAAAUCCACUGUUCUCCAGCAGCAGUUUAACCAGGUGGGGAAGGUAGAACACGGCUCUGUGGCUCUCCCCGCCAUCAUGCGUUCUGGAGCCGGGGGUCCGGAGAAUUUCCAGAUGGGCUCCAUGCCCCAAGCUCAGCAGCAGGUCACCAGUGGCCAGAUGCACUGGGGCCACAUGCCGCCUCUGACCUCGGCCCAGCAGGCUCUCACUGGAACCAUUAACUCCAGUAUGCAGGCAGUGAACGCGGCUCAGGCCACGCUCGAUGAUUUUGAGACUCUGCCCGCCUUGGGACAGGACGCGGCCGCAAAAGCCUGGAGGAAAAACAAGAUGGAUGAAUCGAAACACGAGAUCCACUCCCAGGUGGACGCCAUCACGGCGGGGACCGCCUCGGUCAUCAAUCUUACUGCAGGGGACCCGGCGGAUACGGAUUACACGGCCGUCGGCUGCGCCGUCACAACCAUCUCCUCCAACCUGACGGAGAUGUCGCGGGGCGUCAAGCUUCUGGCCGCGCUCAUGGAAGACGAGGGAGGCAACGGCCGGCAGCUUCUCCACGCAGCCAAAAACCUAGCGGGGGCCGUGUCCGAGCUGCUGAAAACGGCCCAGCCGGCCAGCACCGAGCCCCGUCAGGUCCUGCUCCAGGCUGCCGGUAACGUGGGUCAGACCAGCGGAGAACUUCUGCAGCAGAUCGGGGAAUGUGACACCGACCCGCGCUUCCAGAUCUCUCCGGCCAGAGCCACUCGCACGGUUACCGCGUUAUCCGAGCCCAGAACGGACAUGCUCAUGCAGCUGGCCAAAGCCGUGGCGAGCGCCGCAGCCGCCCUGGUCCUGAAGGCCAAGAACGUGGCUGAACGAACAGAUGAUCCAACGCAGCAGGCGCAGGUCAUCGCGGCUGCCACUCAGUGCGCCAUCUCCACCUCUCAGCUGGUGGCGUGUACCAAGGUGGUGGCUCCUACGAUCAGCUCCCCGGUCUGUCAGGAGCAGCUCCUGGAAGCCGGAAAGCAGGUUGCCAAGUCUGUGGAAGGAUGCGUGGAGUCGUCGGAAGCGGCCACCGGAGACCCGGAGCUCCUAAAAGCCGUGGGUGUCGCGGCCACCGCCGUGACCCAAGCCCUGAACGAUCUCCUUCAACACAUUAAGAAGCACGCCAGCGGAGGGCCGCCGACCGGCAGAUACGACCAGGCCACCGACACCAUCCUGAACGUGACCGAGAACAUCUUCAGCUCCAUGGGGGAUGCCGGGGAAAUGGUUCGUCAGGCGAGAAUCCUGGCUCAGGCUACGUCCGAUCUCGUCGGGGCCAUUAAAGCCGACGCGGAACGCGAGAGCGACCUGGAAAAUUCCCGCAAACUGCUGAGCGCAGCCAAACUGCUGGCAGAUGCCACGGCGCGCAUGGUGGAAGCUGCCAAGGGGGCUGCUGCCCACCCUGAUAGCGAAGAACAGCAGCAGAAGCUGCGUGAGGCGGCUGAGGGUCUUCGCAUGGCGACCAAUGCAGCGGCACAGAACGCCAUCAAGAAGAAACUCAUCCACAAGCUGGAGCAAGCCGCCAAACAAGCUGCAGCCUCCGCAACUCAGACAAUCGCAGCCGCGCAGAAUGCGGCCUCCAGCAACAAGAACCCCGCAGCACAGCAACAACUGGUGCAAAGCUGCAAGGUUGUUGCUGAUCAGAUCCCGAUGCUGGUGCAGGGUGUCCGCGGCAGUCAGUCCCAGCCGGAGAGUCCGAGCGCGCAGCUGUCUCUGAUUGGUGCGAGUCAGAACUUCCUGCAGCCUGGCGGCAAGCUGGUCGCUGCUGGGAAGGCCGCCGUCCCGACAGUGUCCGACCCGGCGUCCGCCAUGCAGUUAGGACAGUGCACCAAGAACCUGGCGGCUGCGCUGGCUGAACUUCGCACCGCCGCGCAGAAGGCACAAGAGGCUUGUGGUCCUCUGGAAAUAGACUCUGCCCUGAACCUCGUGAGAGCGCUGGAGCAAGACCUGCAGGAGGCGAAAGCCGCAGCGCGAGAGGGCAAACUCAAACCGCUUCCCGGAGAGACAAUGGAAAAAUGCGCCCAAGAUUUGGGAAGCAGCACAAAGGCGGUCAGUUCGUCCAUCGCCCAGCUACUCGGGGAGAUUGUCCACGGGAAUGAGAAUUACGCAGGUCGUGCGGCUCGGGAUGUUGCCCAGGCUCUGCGAUCGUUGGCCCAGGCCAGCCGAGGAGUGGCUGCCAACGCCGAAGACCCUGCGGUGCAGAACGCGAUGUUGGAGUGCGCCGGGGAUGUGAUGGACAAGGCAGGGAACCUCAUCGAAGAAGCCAAAAAGACUGUGGGCAAGCCGGCAGAUGCUGAGGGCCAGCAGAGACUGGCUCAGGUCGCUAAAGCCGUCUCUCAGGCCCUGAACCGCUGCGUGAACUGCCUGCCGGGGCAGAGGGACGUGGACGCCGCCAUAAAGAGCAUCGGGGAGGCAAGCAAGGCCCUCCUGGCACAAUCGUUCCCUCCAAGCUCAAAGAACUUCCAGGAAGCUCAGAGUCAGCUAAACCAAGCAGCGGCCGGCCUCAGCCAAUCGGCAAACGAGCUGGUCCAGGCCUCCAGGGGCACCCCGCAUGAUCUGGCAAAGGCUUCUGGGAAAUACGGACAGGACUUUAACGACUUCCUCCAUGCUGGAGUGGAAAUGGCCGGCCAGUCGCAGAAUAAGGAGGAUCAGGCGCAGGUGGUCUCCAAUCUGAAGGGCAUUUCACUGUCCUCCAGCAAGCUCUUAUUGGCAGCUAAAGCUCUCUCUGCCGACCCGGCUGCCCCCAACCUAAAGAGCCAGCUGGCGGCCGCGGCCAGGGCUGUUACUGACAGCAUCAAUCAGCUGAUCACCGUGUGCACCCAGCAGGCCCCGGGACAGAAGGAGUGCGACAACGCCUUACGCGAAUUGGAGACCGUCCGGGAAUUGCUCCAGAAUCCCACGGAGCCCGUGAACGACCAGUCCUAUUUCCACUGCUUGGACAGCGUGAUGGAAAACUCCAAGGUCCUCGGAGAGUCCAUGGCGGGCAUCUCUCAGAACGCCAAGACCAGUAACCUGCCGGAGUUCGGGGAGUCGGUGAGCGCGGCGUCCAAGGCGCUGUGCGGUUUGACGGAGGCGGCGGCUCAGGCCGCGUACCUGGUGGGGGUCUCUGACCCGAACAGCCGCGCCGGCCAGCAGGGCCUCGUCGACCCCACGCAGUUUGCUAGAGCCAACCAAGCCAUCCAGAUGGCCUGUCAGAACCUUGGAGACCCGGCCUGCACCCAGUCACAGGUUUUGUCUGCGGCGACCAUCGUGGCAAAGCACACGUCUGCGCUGUGCAACGCCUGCCGCCUGGCCUCCACUCACACGUCAAACCCUGUUGCCAAGAGGCAGUUCGUCCAAUCGGCCAAGGAAGUGGCAAAUAGCACGGCCAAUCUGGUGAAGACGAUUAAGGCUCUCGAUGGGGCGUUUAACGAUCAGAAUCGGGUGAAAUGCCAGCAGGCCACGGUGCCGCUCAUCCAAGCCGUGGAGAACCUCACCGCGUUUGCUUCCAACCCUGAAUUUGCCAGCGUCCCGGCCCAGAUCUCCCCAGAGGGGCUCCGCGCGAUGGAGCCGAUCAUCUCGUCAGCCAAGGUCAUGCUAGAAAGCUCCUCUGGCCUCAUUCAGACGGCACGCUCUCUGGCGGCCAACCCCAAGGAUCCUCCACAGUGGUCCGUGCUGGCCGGCCAUUCCCGCACCGUGUCCGACUCCAUUAAAAAGCUCAUCACCAAUAUGAGGGACAAGGCCCCCGGGCAGAGGGAGUGCGACCAGGCCAUCGAGCUCCUCAAUCAAGCAGUGAGAGAGCUGGACCAAGCCUCGUUAAAAGCCAUCAGCCAGCAGCUUGCCCCCCGGGAGGGCAUCUCGCAGGAGGCCUUGCACACUCAGAUGCAAACAUCCGUACAAGAGAUCAGCAAUCUGAUAGAGCCGGUGGCGGCGGCAGCCAAAGCGGAUUCCUCCCAGCUCGGGCACAAGGUGUCUCAGAUGGCUCAGUACUUCGAGCCCCUCAUUCAUGCUGCCGUAGGAGCCGCUUCGAAAACAAUCAACCACCAACAGCAGAUGAACCUUCUGGACCAAAGCAAAACCCUGGCCGAGUCCGCCCUGCAGAUGCUCUACACGGCCAAGGAAGCCGGCGGCAACCCCAAGGUUGCCGCGCACACGCAGGAAGCCUUGGAUGAAGCGGCACAAAUGAUGCACGAGGCCGUGGAGGAUCUCACCGGGACCCUGAGCGAGGCCGCGAGCGCGGCGGGAGCCGUCGGCGGGAUGGUGGACUCCAUCACACAAGCCAUCAAUAAGCUCGAUGAAGAACCCGCGAGAGAACCUGAGGGAUCCUUCGUAGAUUACCAGACAACGAUGGUGAAGACGGCAAAGGCUAUCGCGGUGACCGUGCAAGAAAUGGUGACGAAAUCCACCACAAACCCCGAUGAGUUGGGCAUCUUGGCAAACCAGCUGACCAAUGACUACAGGCAACUAGCGCAUGACGCCAAGCCGGCAUCCGUGACUGCCGAGAACGAGGAGAUCGGCUCCCACAUUAAGCAGCGGGUCCAGGAGUUGGGUCAUGGCUGCUCCCUGCUUGUCACGAAGGCUGGCGCUCUGCAAUGCAGCCCCAACGACAGCUACACCAAGAAAGAGCUGAUUGAAAGCGCGCGGCGCGUGUCCGAGAAGGUGUCUCACGUCCUGGCCGCGCUCCAGGCGGGUAAUCGCGGUACGCAGGCCUGCAUCACCGCAGCGAGCGCCGUCUCCGGCAUCAUCGCCGACCUGGACACCACCAUCAUGUUCGCGACGGCCGGGACUCUGAACCGAGAGAAUGCGGAGACUUUCGCCGAUCACCGGGAGGGUAUCCUGAAGACCGCGAAGGCUCUUGUUGAAGACACCAAGGUCUUGGUUCAGAACGCCACCUCCAGUCAGGAGAAGCUGGCGCAGGCGGCUCAGUCCUCUGUGACGACCAUCACGCGUCUCGCCGAAACGGUCAAACUGGGGGCAGCCAGCCUGGGGGCAGAAGACCCCGAGACCCAGGUCGUCCUGAUUAAUGCGGUGAAAGACGUGGCCAAGGCACUGGGGGAUCUAAUCAGCGCCACCAAAGCGGCUGCCGGCAAGUCUAGCGAUGACCCCACCGUCUAUCAGCUGAAGAACUCCGCCAAGGUGAUGGUGACCAACGUGACUUCGCUCCUGAAGACCGUGAAAGCCGUGGAAGACGAGGCCACAAAGGGCACCCGGGCCCUGGAAGCCACCAUAGAGCACAUUCGCCAGGAGCUGGCGGUCUUUUCAUCCCCGGAGCCUCCGCCCAAGGUGUCCUCUCCCGAAGAAUUUAUUCGCAUGACCAAAGGAAUUACCAUGGCAACCGCCAAAGCCGUCGCCGCUGGAAACUCGUGCCGACAGGAGGAUGUGAUCGCUACGGCCAACCUGAGCCGCCGCGCCAUCGCGGACAUGCUGCAUUCCUGCAAGGAGGCCGGUUAUCACCCGGACGUCAGCCCCGACGUGCGGAUCCGGGCCAUGCGUUACGGGAAGGAGUGUGCCAACGGCUACCUGCAGCUGCUGGAGCACGUGCUAGUGGUCCUUCAGAAGCCGAGCUCAGAUCUGAAGCAGCAGCUGGCCGGAUACUCCAAGCAAGUGGCCGGAUCCGUGACCGAGCUGAUCCAGGCUGCCGAGGCCAUGAAAGGUACUGAAUGGGUGGACCCCGAGGACCCCACGGUCAUUGCAGAGAACGAGCUGCUGGGAGCCGCGGCGGCCAUCGAGGCAGCGGCCAAGAAACUGGAGCAGCUGAAGCCGCGCGCCAAGCCCAAGGCAGCCGACGAGAGCCUGAACUUCGAGGAGCAGAUCCUGGAGGCCGCCAAGUCCAUAGCAGCUGCCACCAGCGCCCUGGUGAAGGCCGCGUCAGCCGCGCAGAGAGAGCUGGUGGCCCAAGGCAAGGUCGGUGCCAUUCCAGCCAACGCUGUAGAUGAUGGGCAGUGGUCUCAAGGACUGAUAUCAGCAGCUCGCAUGGUGGCCGCCGCCACGAGUAAUCUCUGCGAAGCCGCAAACUCCGCCGUCCAGGGCCACGCCAGCGAGGAGAAACUCAUCUCCUCGGCUAAGCAGGUGGCGGCUUCUACGGCCCAACUCCUGGUGGCCUGCAAAGUCAAAGCAGAUCACGACUCGGAAGCCAUGAAGCGGCUGCAGGUCGCGGGAAAUGCCGUGAAGAGAGCGUCAGACAACCUGGUGAAGGCUGCUCAGAAAGCGGCCGCGUUCCAGGACCACGACGAGACCGUGGUGGUGAAGGAGAAGAUGGUGGGAGGAAUCGCUCAGAUCAUCGCAGCUCAGGAGGAGAUGCUGAGGAAGGAGCGGGAGCUGGAAGAAGCGCGGAAGAAGCUGGCCAUUAUCCGGCAGCAGCAGUACAAGUUCCUGCCGUCAGAACUGCGAGAGGACUCCCAGAACUAAGCGCGUCUCUAGCGGGAUGCAGCAGACACUCGCAGUUCCAUGGCUUCCCUUAUUCCUCUGCCGGGGCUUUUCACUGACCGCGGCUCCGGACACCAUUCCAGCCGGAUCGGUUCUAACAGUUUGCUCGGUGCUGCUUCUGGUGCCUUACUGCCCUCCGCUACCUCUGUAGCCUUAUUAACCUCAUGCCGCUUUCCUUCCUGCCCCACACAGCAGUGUUACCUUUUGCCCCUAGGAUAUGCUGCCCCCGCGUGUCCCGUCGCUUGCACUCAUGCCUCCAAGUGCCUGAUUUCGUGCAACGCACAAGCAGCUGUUGCCCUCAGGCUCUGCCGCUUCUAUUAACUGUACAAAUCCCGACGGCCCUUUUACAUUUCUCAAGAAAAUAAUCUAUUUUUAUGUCUCAGUAUUUGGGAUUUUAUAAGCUGCCGGUUCGGGGCCACGAGAGGCUCCUCCUCGGCCAUUCACAAAGUGUUAUCUCCAAUAAAUAUCUUCACGUCUAA